AUGGAUACUAAUGUGUACAUGAGCGAGAUGAUGAGCCGUCACGAUGAUGAAGCCACAAGGACAUCGCCUUCAGAAGGGCUGGAAGAAGGAGAAGUGGAAGGAGAAACUCUUCUCAUAGUAGAGUCUGAAGAUCAGGCAUCCGUGGAUUUGAGUCAUGAUCAGAGUGGAGACUCUAUAAAUAGUGAUGAAGGGGACACAUCCUGGACAGAAGAGAUGUCUUAUUACUGUGAAAGAUGUCAGAAAUGGAUACCAGCAAGUAAGGCUUCCUAAUUCUUGAUUAUUUUAAAUAAUAAAAAUGUGUCAUUUGUUUUGCCCUUCUGAACUCAAGGCCCUGGUCAGGAAGACCUACAAGAUUGUGACUCUUGCUGAACUGGGCCUUCAGGAAGCAGAUCAGACGAAAGCCAGUUGAAAGCACCUUCUCCCAAGGCACAAACCUAACAAAAGGGGAUUCCUUUUUCCACAUGACUUGUAGUCCACAAUCAUGAGUGAGUGGCAGACCUCAGAAGCUUCCUGGGCCUCCUGCUUGCUGGUAAAUCAGCUAUACCCCUUUCAGAAGAAAGAAUGGGUGGAUGCCCCAUUCCCCUUUUUAAAACAUGGGGAGGAUUUCCCGAAGAACCCCAUUGACAGGAAGGCAGAGAUCAUGCUGUGCAGGACCUACAAGCUCUCAGCCUUAGCCACCAGAGCCUCUAUGGCAGCUUCCUUCAUGGCGAGUGUAUACCUCCUCUAAGCUCAGCCCCUUCUGCUGGAUGUUGCUCAUAGCACCAUCCAUAAGCACUAGGGCCUAUGAGAAGUAGUUAAUGCCUGUGCCUACACAGAGAUGCAAUUGCAUAUGCUCUUCAGUUUUCAGCCCUAGCCGAGUUCACUGGCAUGUGGACUUCAAGGCCAUGGCUAGCCUCUCCAGUGAUCCCUUUAGAAGGGGCUAGACUAGCCUCUUGGGGAAUGGCUAGAUGGCGUUCACAAGAACUACAUAAAAGCUAUAGAUAAUAUUUUUUUUAUGUUUGAGGAAAAAACCUGCAUGCACAAUUCUUAAGAUUUCAAAAGGAAUUGCACUUAUGAUACGUAUAUAUGUGAUAUCUCCAAAAUAGAGACAGAUGUGCCCACCAAUUGAGGUUACAUGGAUUUCUGUAAGAGGUGAUUAAGAAAGCAAAACGCAGAGUGGAUGAAUGCUGUUGGGAUGAACCCCAUUUGUGCUGUUUUGGACCUUGCUCGUAAUGUGUUGGUGUGUAGGCCCCAUUUGUUGGGAAAGAAGGCCUAAGGUUUUGUUUGCUUGUUUACAGAUCAGGUGAGAGAACAGAUCACCUAUCUCAAAGGUGAUAAUUUUUUCAGAUUUACUUGCUCUGAUUGCUCAGAAGAUGGGAAGGAACAGUUUGAACGGCUGAGGCUAACUUGGCAGCAGGUAAGUAACAAGCAGACCCUUGGUAAUUGCACCAAAACUGGAUUUCACAUUUCUGUGUAUUACAAUAAGGUGCAAGGGGGAGGGGUUGUUAGCAAGCUUCUAAGUGUGAAUCUAAGGUUUUUUAUUUGCUUACCCUUAAAGGUACAUGACUAUUUUGGAGUCUAAAAAACUCAUUGCAAAAAGCCAGAUUAAUUUUUAAAAAUUUGAGAGUUCUUUAUUUGUUACGUAAACACAGAAAGGAAAUUAUCUUUUGGCCAUGGAUUGUUAAAAUAAUUGUUCCAAAUUUAAUCAGCUGUGCUGCCUUUUUGGCAUUGCAGUACACAACUGAGAAACAUGGACUGUGCUCAUAGAGUAGCCUUGACCCUCCAAAAAAUCAGGAAGUUAGCAAGGUAGAUAAUACAACUUGUGCUGGGCCAACAUCUCCUCUAGUACUCUGGUGGAUAGACAGGGAACCACAUUGACAGUAAUGUGGACUGUGUGAAACUCAAUGUGUUGUAUGUGCAGAGGGCCUUCUUGGUAGUGGCACCCUCCCUGUGGAAUGCCCUCCCUUCAGAUGUCAAGUAGAUAAAUAAUUACACAACUUUUAGAGAACAUCUGAAGGCAGCCCUGUAUUGGGAGAUUUUAACACUUGGUGAUUUAUGUUUUCAGAUAUGUUGUAAGCUGCCCAGAAUGGCUGGGGUAAUAAUAAUAAUAAUAAUAAUAAUAAUAUCUUAUGACUAGCCAAGGAAUGAUGCACAGCUCUGUAAAUUGUUUCACGUAUAGGAGGCCUGGUUUUCUAGCUGUGUCAACAUAGUAAGAUUUUAUAUGGUGCUGAAGCUGGUACAUUUUCAGUCACCACGUUGGCUACUGGGAAGCAGUGUUUUUAACAAUAGACAUACUGUAACAGACAUUACUUCCUCUACAGUCACCUCUAAGUUACAUUUCCAAGGCUGCUUUGAUUUCUACAUGUGAAUCAAUUUGCAAAUGUUUGAAACAACCUUAAGCCAUGUACAGGGGUACCCUUAUCAAUAACCUAGAUAUUCUGUAUACCAUGAUAUCACUUUAAGUAAGAGAUAACAUUUAGCAAUAGCACCAGACUCACCCCAGUGUCCAAGGCAACAUCACAAAUACAGUGUGCUGAGCAUACACCCGCAUAAGCGAUAUUGACGGAGAAAUGCCUUUUUGAUACUGCUGUACCUCACCACACACAAAUCGCAACCCCCACAAACAAGUAUAUAUAUAUGUUUCAACAAUUUGAGUGCACUUACUUUUGUAGUCUAAACCACUGAGCCUAGGGCUUGCUGAUUGGAAGGUCGGCGGUUUGAAUCCCCGUGACGGAGUGAGCUCCCGUUUCUUGGUCCCAGCUCCUGCCAACCUAGCAGUUCGAAAGCACAUCAAAGUGCAAGUAGAUAAAGAGGUACCACUCCGGCGGGAAGGUAUACUGCUUUUCCAUGCGCUUCUCUGGUUUCGCCAGAAGCGGCUUAGUCAUGCUGGCCACAUGACCCGGAAAAACUGCGGACAAACGUCAGCUCCCGUGGCCAGUAAAGUGAGAUGAGUGCCGCACCCCAGAGUCGUUCGCGACUGGACUUAACUGUCAGGGGUCCUUUCCCUUUUUUUUACUAAAAGCAUAGUAGAUGUACAUAGAAGAGUACAUUCUAAAAAUCUUCGCAUUCAGAAGCUUAAAUUCUAUUAAAUAUAACAUGCACACACAUACAACAAUUCUUUCAAGAGAAUGACAUACAGAGAAGGAAGCAUAGAUAGUUCAGUAUUGCACAUGUGUGGGGAGAGAGCAUGUAUGGAGAAACUCCAGGAAACUAGUUCAAGUCCAACAGUGCCUCUGUAAGGGGAAGAAGACUUUUUCAUGGGCUCCCUGCUCCUAUUCCAACACUCUCCCAACUAGACAGUGGCCUGAAGACUACCGUAUUUUUCGCCCUAUAGGAUGCACUUUUUCCCCUCCAAAAAUGAAGGGGAAAUCUGUGUGCGUCCUAUGAGGCGAAUUCAGGCUUUCGCUGAAGCCUGGAGAGCGAGAGGGGUCGGUGCGCACCGCCCCCUCUCGCUCUCCAGGCUUCAGGAAGCUAUCCGCAAGCCUGGGGAGCCCGCGGAAGUUCCCGCAGGGCUCCCCAGGCUGCGGAUAGCAGCCUGGCGCGUGGGGCACCCUGAAGCGGAGCGCCCCGCACGCCGGGCAGACAUCCACAGCCUGGGGAGCCCGCGGGAGUUCCCGCAGGGCUCCCCAGGCUGCGGAUAGCAGCCUGGCGAGCGGGGCGCCCUGAAGCGGAGCGCCCCACGCGCCGGGAAGUCAUCGGCCAGCCCCACAAGCUCGGGGGACAGCGGGGAGGCGCAGCGCCGCCAUCCCGCUGUUCCUCGAACUGGUUUGGGGGGGCAAAUAAAGGAAAAAAUUUUUCCCUUUAUUUCCCCCCCAAAAAACUAGGUGCGUCCUAUGGGACGGAGCGUCCUAUGGGACGAAAAAUACGGUACUUAUGCUACUCUUGGGCGAUGUCUUCAGUUAAAUUAGAUAUUAUACUAGGUAAACUGUGGAAGAUACUUUGCAGUUUGGCCAGACUGCUCCAGUGCCAAGGGACAAGUUGCCUUCACUCCUUGCUGACAGAUGACAUACCAUAAUGAAAUAGAGAAAGUUCCAUUUACAUAGUGGCUUACUUGGACAAAUUAUAUGUAGUCAGUUGACUGGCAUGCUAAUCCCAUUCUCUAAAUUGCCUCCUGAAGAUACCUGAAGUAAAUUGCAAGUAGGACUACUACCCCACAAUACAGAAGAAAAACUAUUAACUAUGUUUUAUUUGUAAAUAUUGGAGUCAAGGGAAUGGUGCUGGCUAAUCUAAUCAGUUAUAAAAUUUCUAAAUUCCUUUAAUAAAUAAAUUUCUCAGUUAUCAUUCUCCAAGCUGCAAAUUGCCUAACAAGGUUUAUGCUCCAAUUCCUCCUUAAAACAUACUGCUUGGUUAAAUAUGUGUUUUAACCAACUCUGUCAUCAGAUUAACUACAUUGCAAGAGUGUAUUUUUAAGUUUCAUUGAUUUGUUUCUUUGUUUCAAAAAUAUUCUCAUCUAAAUAAAGCAAGGGAUUAAAUUGCAUUGACAUAGCAACAUUGCAAAAGUUCUUUAAUGCAUCAUUUUUUUUAUUCAUCAUAUAUAACUUACUCUGCUACUUCCAAUUCAAUAGGAAAUGCAAUUUGAGUUUUUGCCGAUUAGUAAUUGCUGUAGUGAGUACUUGUGGAGAGAUAUUUAAAAAUAUACAGUGGUACCUCGUAAGACGAAUGCCUCGCAAGACGAAAAACGCGCAAAAUGAAAGAGUUUUCCGUUUUUUGAGUCGUUCCGCAAGACGAAUUUCCCUAUGGGCUUGCUUCGCAAGAUGAAACGUCUUGCGAGUUCUUGCGAGUUUGUUUCCUUUUUCUUAAAGCCGCUAAGCCGUUAAUAGCCGCUAAGCCGCUAAUAGCCGCUAAGCCGCUAAUAGCCGUGCUUCGCAAGACGAAAAAACCGCAAGACGAAGAGACUCGCGGAACGGAUUAAUUUCGUCUUGCGAGGCACCACUGUAAAUACUAUCAAAUGGUACAAUUUUUUUUAAAGCUGAGAUUUUCCCUUUUUAGGAUAUCUUUAAGUAUGCCCAUUGCAACAAAUCUUCCUUAAACUCUUCCAUGAGUUCCCAUAGUAGUUAGGACUAUAGUAGUAUCAGAUUUCUAAGUAUUUAAUUAGAAAGUCCCUCCAUGGAAUCAGAUACUGUACCCUGUUGUUUUUCCCUUUGUAGUUCUAUCCAAGUUGAAGCCCAUCCAUUCAGGCCUCGUGAAAAUCAAUUUGUAUCUGGAGAUUGCAUUGAAUUCUGUAAAACAAAUUUAGGCAUUUCUCAGAUGACUUCAUCCACGUACCAGUUAGUUUUAAAUUGCUCUUGUCUGAUCUUAGCUCCUUGUAUUUCCAUUUGUAUUUUUAUUGCCCCAGCUAGGGUAAUAAAGGACACAUUUGUCAUGUUCCUCUUUAAGGAUAAAACAUAUCUGAACAUUCGUUAACUGAAAUAGAUGCAUUUAGGAUAAUAUUAAUCCAGGCAGAUUAAUCCCUCCCCAAACCCUCUUAUUGUCUAAGAGUUGAUUAUUUUAUAUAACCUGUUAGGAGAAGAGAAUCAUUUUAUUUCAGAAAAAAAAUAUUUCUUACCUAUUGUAAAUGAGAGGUUCCUAUUUGUGUUUCAGGUUGUUAUGCUGGCAAUGUACAAUCUAUCCUUGGAAGGAACUGGCCGCCAAGGCUACUUCAGGUGGAAGGAAGACAUUUGUUCUUUCAUUGAAAAACACUGGAAUUUUCUACUAGGAAACCGGUAAUGCCAUUAUGUUGUCUUGAAACUGAAGGUAAAGAACAAAACGUCCACAUAUAAUUAAAAUGUAGGAAAACAUUUUUUUUCUCCUAGUUGAGAGUAAAAGAGAGAAGGUAUCCAUAGUGGGUGAAGGUCAAUAGCUAGUUCACUUCUGUAUAGUUCUGCAUAGUAUGACUUCCCCUAGCUUGUCUCCCUCCAGUUGGUUUCUGCAAGCAGCAAAGGCCAAAAUAUACGGCCAUUUUAUUUCAAAGUUUAUUCUGGUCUUUCAAAAUAGUACAAGAUUGCACCAUGUUGAGAGUGUCUCUUAACAUCUCCUAGCCCUCAUUUGUAAUUUGUCCUAAGAUUUUGAGAAUCCAGAAUAAAAUUUGAAAUAAUGCGUAUACAUUUCAGCUAUAGUUGAUUGCAGAAAUUGAUUCCUGCUUCCAGUCCUUGCUACUGUGCUCAUCCCAUUAAUUUCACUUAAGAUCUGAAGAGGAACUAGCAAUCUGCUACCAAUGUAGUAAACAGAGCUCUCUUUCAGAGACAUUUUUCUCUUUCUUUGAUUUAGGAAGAAGACUUCUACUUGGUGGAGCACUGUUGCUGGUUGUCUUUCUGUGGGGAGUCCUUUAUAUUUCCGUUCAGGGGCUCAAGAGUUUGGAGAACCAGGAUGGUGGAAACUUGUCCACAAUAGGCCCCCUACAAUGAAGCCGGAAGGAGAGAAGCUUUCUGCAUCUGCCCUGAAAACAAAAGGUAAUAAUUUGUAAACUGCAUAUCAUUUGCACAUUUAAGGGUGCAAUAGUCUUAAAACUGGUGGUUUUGGCAGGGUGGGGGUACGUGAGGAGAGAGAGUGGGUUUGCACUCUUCUGUACUAUUGACAUUACGGAUUUCAAUCAAAAUAAAAACACAAAAAAAAUUCAAAUGCAGAAAUUUGUGAAGGGUAUGCUAUCAUGCAGACAUCCUCAGUUUUUAAAGACCCGUGAACUUUCUGCAAAGGGUAGGUAUUGUAUAGGUAUAGCUCUUGCCCCUUGUACAUCCCGUUAUAUGUUUCUUGGUUGCUGCUUCUCCCUCUCAGCCACUCUUGUUUUCAUUCCCUAUCCACUCCCAAGCUCACCACCUAUUCAGCCUCUCUAUUCACCAGUUUCUUCCCCAGCUUCUUUUACCACUUUGCAGUUCUCCUUUUCACUCCUUCUUGCCUCUCUUCUUCCUCUUAAAAAUUUGGUGAAAACGUUCAAUGUAUGUGUCAAAAAUAUAUUGCAUUCCCACAUUCUGUUAUAUGCAGUCUGGAAUUAAAGAAUGUUCGUACCUGCUUGUCACGUUUUCCUGUAUCAGGAAAGGUGUAUUUUUAUGGUCUUUAAAAAGUUGUUUAUGUUGGAUACCUUCUGUAGAAAUAGAUGCUGCCUUUGUUUUGGAGUAAUAAUAAUAAUUUAAUCCCGCCCAUCUGGCUGGGUUUCCCAGCCACUCUGGGUGGCUUCCAGCAAAAUAUUAAAAUACAAUAAUUCAUCAAAUAUUAAAAGCUUCCAUAAAGUUCUAAAAUUGGUGUUCUCUCUGCAUGUCAGAACAAACACACUACUUGUUCUCUGGCAGGUUCAAAACCAUCAUUAGACCCUAUCAUUACAGUGGAGGGACUUAGAAAGAGAGUGAGCCGCAAUCCAGUAGAAUCCGCCAUGGAGCUGAAGGAGAAGAGAUCUCGCACUCAGGAAGCCAAGGACAUCAGGAGAGCUCAGAAGGAGGCAGCAGCCUUCCUGGACAGAAGCACAUCCUCCACGCCAGUCAAAUUCAUCAGUCGAAGCCGGCGUCCUGACAUUAUACUUGAGAAGGGGGAAGUGGUUGACUUUUCUUCCCUGAGCUCCUCUGAUCGAACUCCUUUGACAAGCCCAUCUCCAUCUCCUUCUCCAGAUUUCUCUGCUCCCGGAACACCAGCUUCUCACUCAGCUACACCGAGCCUGCUCUCAGAAGCAGACCUUAUUCCAGACAUAAUGCCACCACAGGCCCUGUUUCAUGGUAAAAGCUACUUUAACAUUUCCUUGUCUAUUAACCUCUAUUGGAUCUCAUUUCCACAACCAUUUCUUGACCACAGUUCCAUUGUUGGUGGUAUUUAACAUCUACCAGGAACUGUGAUACUUACUCUCAAUAAUUAUAUUCACUAACGUACCGAGGAAAAUGUUUUCUAAUGUGAAAAAUAUUCAAGCACUUAUCAGUAAUAUUAUUCCUUGUCUAGUGUUAAUUCAUAUAGCAAAUUGUGUACCCAACCAGUGCUUCUGACAAUCACAUAUAUGCCAUCUGCGUUGCUAGAUACCGUAUAUACUUGAGUGUAAGCCAACCCGAAUAUAAGCCGAGGCCCCUAAUUUUAGCACAAAAAACUGGGGAAACUUAUUGACUCGAGUAUAAGCCGGUUCACCACACUACAAACCUGGUGGUGGCGGCAGUGACGGAGGAAGAACAAGCUUUCAGGCUGCUCAUUCCGCCGCUGACAGAGGCAAAGGCGGUGGCGGAGGCAGCCCAAAAGGGCUCCUUUCGGGCCGCUCGUCCCUCCGCUGCUGCCUCUGCCACUCGCAAGAGCAGGCAUAGGAGCCGCGGUUGGGAGAGGCACAGCGCAGCCUCUCCUGUGCCUGCCCUUGCAAGAGGCUGGCGGUGGUGGCAGGACCAGCGGUGAGAAAGGGCUCCCUUUGGGCUACUCAUCCCUCCGUCGUCGUCGCUCGCCUCACUCGAGUAUAAGCCGAGGGGGGCUUUUUCAGCAUAAAAAAUGUGCUGAAAAAGUCAGCUUAUACUCAAGUAUAUACGGUACUUGCUGGAAUGUUAAACUUUCUCUGAUGUACUCUUCUGGAAGCAUAUAUAUGGGCGAAAAAGAAGAAAAUGCUGCAAGUGCUAUUUCCUUAAUACUAUGUGUACUUGGUCUUGUAUAAAGGGCAUUAUUAUAGUACUUUAAUGGGAAAAAAAUAAUUUUCUCAACUGUACAGAAACGAACAAACAAAAUAAGCAAUAACACUAGAACAUAGAAAAAUGCCUUUUUUGUUUGCUGCUGUUUUGGUUUUGGUUGACCUUCUAGGUUGCUAGUUCUGGAGAUUCCACCCCCUCCCUGUCAAAACAGUUGUGUUUUAACUUUCCUAAUGCUUUAUUAUUGCUUGUUAAAAUUUAUGUUGCCUUUCCUUCAAACAGCUAAUUUCAGGAGAGCUGAAAAUUAUGCUGAAAAUAUUUCACAUCUGACAACCAAUGCACCCCUUGGGUUUCAGAUAUUACAUGGGUAGACAAGUCUAAAAAGCCUAGGACACAAAUUUUCACAAUCCUCUAGCGCAGCCUUUCUCAAGCUGUGGGUCCCCAGAUGUUGUUGAACUACAACUCCCAUCACCCCUAUCUAGCAAGGCCAGAGCUCGGAUGAUGGGAGUUGUAGUCCAACAACAUCUGGGGACCCACAGGUUGAGAACCGCUGCUCUAGUCUAGCGCAGUGAUGGCCAAACUUGGCCUUCCAGCUGUUUUGGGACUACAGUUCCCAUCAUCCCUGACCACUGGUCCUGUUAGCAUGGGAUCAUGGGAGUUGUAGUCCCAAAACAGCUGGAGGGCCAAGUUUGGCCAUCAAAGAUCUAGCGGCUAUGGUGGCUCAUUUACCAGAAACGCUGUAUUUAGCAUUAAUUCUGGGAGUGUAUACUCGAUUUUGACCAAACCAAGCCUCCUGAUAUAUAUUUUGCUGUAAUGGAACCUCAUAGUAAGUCUAAUAGGGAUGUGGGUGUUGCUGUGGUCUAAACCACUGAGCCUCUUGGGCUUGCCGAUUGGAAGGUCGGCGGUUCUAAUCCCCACAACAGAGUGAGCUCCCGUUGUUCUGUUCCAGCUCCUGCCAACCUAGCAGUUCAAAAGCACGCCAGUGCAAGUAGAUAAAGAGGUACCACUGUGGCGGGAAGAUAAACAGUGUUUCCAUGCACUCUGGCACUCCUCAUGGUGUCCUGUUGCACCAGAAGCAGUUUAGUCCUGCUGGCCACAUGACCCGGAAAGCUGUCUGUGGACAAACACCGGCUUCCUUGGCCUGAAAGUGAGAUGAGCGCCACAACCCCAUAGACGCCUUUGAGUGGACUUAACUGUUCAGCGGUCUUUUAUCUUUACCUUUUAGUAAGUCUAGCAUUUCAUUCUGACCAACUUGCCACAGUCUUUAUAUACAUCCAUUGAGUUAUUGUUCCUGGCUAUUCUAUCAAUAUACUUUUAGAUAUAUUUGUGCUACAGAAAGGCCUGUCUUUUCUGCUGUCAGAUUUUUGUGGUCCAUCUUCCUUCCUGAAUUAAGCACCCUAUUCAGAGCCACACUGGAUCUACUAAAGUGGGCUGAUUUUCAUAAAUCAAAACCUCUUUAACUAGCAAAUGUGGAGAAUACUACUUUGGAAAGGUCAAUUUCAACUGAAUAUUAAUGGGGAAUGGCUGUGUACCCUUUCAUAUUAAAGCCACAGUCUCCUAGGAAGAAAACACAGUUGUAUUCUAGAUUAAGGUAGGUAGCUGUGUUGGCCUGAUGCAGUCGAAAUAAAUUAAAAAAUUGUCCAGUAGCACCUUAGAGACCAACUAAGUAUGUUCUGGGUAUAAGCUUUCAUGUGCAUGCACACUUCUUCAAAUAAGUUGCAUUCAUUACACUGUCAGAAAAUUUAUGGAAUAUUUUGUUUUGUUUAUAGAUGAUGAAGAGAUGGAAGGUGAUGGUGUUAUAGAUCCAGGAAUAGAGUAUAUCCCACCCCCGAGUGGUCCAGUGGGAAUGAUCCGAAAGAAGGUGAAGACACCAGAGCAGAUUAAGCAAGAGAUGGAGAGCGAGGAAGAAAAAGCAGAGAGACUUGAACGUGACACUGAAAACUCUGAUAAUACUCGCACAUCCCUUCAGGACCAGGGUCGAGACAAAAGGAGGAUGCAGUUGGAACAUAAGAACGCUAAGUUCGGCAUGCCCAAGUAUGCACCUGUUAGCAUCUAUGAAGAAAAGCUUCUCUUGAGGAACUUGGAGAGUUGCCCAAAUGCUGCAGCCAUGACCCCUGAAGCUCAGAGGCUGCGGCGCAAGUUGAUAAUCCGGCAGGCCAAGCGCGAGAGAGGCCUGCCCCUCUUUGACUUGGACAGUAUUGUGAAUGCAGCCCUUCUCCUGGUUGAUCGGAUUUAUGGACCCAAGGAAGGAAUUGCUCCCUGUCCCCCAGCAAAUUACGCAAUGUACAGAACUACCAGCCAGGAUUUCAGAAUCUUGGAUCGAUACCAGGUUAAUGUUUCCAAUUCAACUGUUUUUUCGAUGGCUUCCAUACUCUGGAUGGGGAUAGUGGGCUAAGGGAACACAACCUGCUAGUCCAUACACCACACGUCUAGGCACCCUUUCUUAGGUCAUUAUCUGUCAAUCACUGCCCAUGAUCACAUCCAUUGUGAAAUUUCUCUUAAUGGAAUGGGACAAUGUAUUCCUUGGCACUGGCUGCUCAAUCCCUUCUCCUUUCCAGAGAGUGAGUGAGUGCUUUGCUGUUUUUAUGGAAGUUAUAUGUGGCAAUUUUCAUUUACUUUAUAUCCAUUUCUUCUAGGCUUACUUAGGUGAUGCUUUUAUGUCCAGAAGGACCAAGGAAGUGUUUUCAAGGGCAACAAAAGAGCUUGCCACCACAAAGCCUAGUAGGGUGGGGCAGUAUCUGGCUCUCAUCAUUGUGAUAUACCAGCAGUUAAAUUCCGCAAUAUGCUGAUAUACCACAAUGUCUGGUAUAUCGCCCAGCCCAAGCCGCCAUACCGCUCCAGCUUGUGUGAGUCAGAGGGGCAUCGGGACUUCCUUAAACUGAUUAGCUGGAGGAUGGGAAGCCUUCUGCUUCUCAGCUGUGCAAGCCCCCAUACUGCUCUGGCUCAGGUGAGAUGGAGGGACGGGGUGGGGGCCUUUCUCAAAGGUGCAGACAGGCAGGUAAACAGAGCUUGAGAAGGUGUUCACCUUCAGGUGUUCACUUUUAGGCUCCAUCUGCCUGCCUGCCUGCCUGCCUGCCUGCCUGCGCCUUUGCCGUCUGUAGGCAAUUUGAGCUGGCACAAUGUAUUGCCAGCUCAAAAUGUCUGAAGCUGGUAUCGCAGUCUGAAUGCCAUCUCGGUUUCAGACAACGUAUUAAUAUAUCACCCAGCUCUAAAGCCUAGAUAUGUGUUUAUUCUUCUUCUUCAGCUUUAAAGGACCUUAGGAAUUCUAUAAAUCCAUAAAGCUCUAAGGAGCCCUCUAGUGAGGGAUCUGUAGUUACACUCUUGGCUCGAUGGAGAUCAUCCAGAAACACCUCAGCUUGUUUCUCUACUGCUGUAGACAUCUGGAGCAUUCUGUGACUCCUCGGUUCAAUAGCUAAGAUUGUCCCAAUCCUGGGAAUGACAUUUUAUCUGUAUAUGCUUGGGUGUUAAUGUACGCACUCAUUUAUAAUUUCCUGCUACAGAAGUUAAUGGUUAACUGGAAACCAAGUUAUGUUUUUAUUGAGCAUAUUAUGGGUGGAAUUCAACAUUGUGCUAGCAAAAGUUCCACCUGCGCAAGCAUUUCAGCUUGCCACAAAAAUAUCCCACCUCUCCUCCCUCUGCAUGCUUCACUGAUGGUUCUGCUGAUCUCCCUAGAGCCAAUUUCAAGGAGGUGGGGAAAAGAGGUAGGGAAAGCCCUGCUGCACAAGCUGAAGUCCUUGCUUAGAGAUUCUGCUUAUGGGCUUGUAAAGUGAAUCCCUCCUUGUGCCCUGAAACUGAGUGAGGGAGGCUUCUUCCACUGAAAGAAGACGAGUCACAAAGACAUUUGCGUAGCUCUGCCCUUGAAGCAAAAGGGGGGGGAGCAAACAACUCCUGGGUAACCUCCAUCUAUUAAAGAGAUUACAGUGUCACAGUAACUUCAUUUUUAAGACCAGUAAACUAAUGCUGUUUGAAUUCCUAAGAGGGACUAGGUAAUCUCAACGUCUUGCAGAUAGGGUAACUUAGGUUGUGUUCAAUGUGUAGUGCAAAGAUUUCUCUUUGCCCAAUGGAACAUUCUUCUCCUCUCCUCUCUCUGUGACCCCUAAACCUGUUCUGGGUCCCCCCCGCUCUGGUACACAUUUGGGGAUCGCAUGUGGGGAGAAAAGGGAGGGAAUCCCAUUGUGCUAGUGCAGCUUUCUAGCUGAAUACUGUCCAUUCUCCUUUUUCAAAACUGGACUUGACAGUAGUAACAGCCACCUUGUGGUUGGUGCAAAUUACCAUUUAUAAAAUAGCCAGUGGUACACUGUAGUUAACUUGCCAUCGGCAUUUUUUUUACCAAGUUGCAAGGCUCAGUUGCAGAUGUUAUUUGUAUUCUAUCAGCGAUAGCUCUCUUGUUUAUGUUCAUUCUAGGCUCAUUUCCUUGUUUUUUGGCUUUGCUUUACAGACUAAGCUGUCUGCUGUGAAGGGGUUUCGACAAAUGCCAACAAAAUUUCUGUGCCGACUCGUAGGCUCAGAAGAUGCUUUGACUGACCACAGCAUUAUCAGUCCCUACACUUCCCGUGUUUUGAAACCCUACAUCAGGUACAGAUCACAGAGCUGUUUUCACUUACGAGCAGAUGGCUCUUUCUUCUUUUCCCCUCCAGAUUUGUUCUCUUUCUGGUCAAUUGUUGAACACUCAACUCUUAGGGCCAUGACUUUAGGCUGAAAUAUACGUUUUAAAAGUUUGUAAAGACAGUCUGUUAAGUCUGCUCUGUUAAAUAGAUCACUGUUAUCCCCAUAUUACAGAUGGAGAACUGAAAUUGGCAGAGGUGAUUUUGCCACCAAGUAAGUCCAUAGUCCAUAGGGACGCGGGUGGCGCUGUGGGUUAAACCACAGAGCCUAGGACUUGCUGAUCAGAAGGUCAGUGGUUCGAAUCCCCGCGACGGGGUGAGCUCCCGUUGCUCGGUCCCAGCUCCUGCCAACCUAGUAGUUCAAAAGCACAUCAAAGUGCAAGUAGAUAAAUAGGUAGGUAAACGGCGUUUCCAUGCGCUGCUCUGGUUCGCCAGAAGCGGCUUAGUCAUGCUGGCCACAUGACCCGGAAGCUGUCCGCAGACAAACGCCGGCUCCCUCGGCCAGUAGAGUGAGAUAAGCGCCGCAACCCCAGAGUCGGUCACGACUGGACCUAAUGGUCGGGGGUCCCUUUACCUUUAUCUUUAAGUCCAUAGUCCUGGGAAGAUGUAUGGGUUCUCAGUGUAGGUGGCCUUGCAGGGCAGAUACUCAACUGCCCCCUUUGUGUUUUAUACCAAAAGCAUGGAAACAUGAAGUAUUACUUGCUCAUCUUUCCUGUUUUGGUGGUAUUUCAUAAGAUGCAAAACACUCAUGCUAGGAGGAUUGUUUUUCUCUGCAGCCCAGAGUCUAUUCUUCCUGUGAGUAUGCUAGAGUUGGGACAGAAACAAAUACAUUUAUCAAAUGUACAGGAGCACAGCAUGCACAACUUUAGGAAUUUUGUCUAGGUAGUGGAAUACUCUCCACAAAAAGGAAGGUUUAAUAACAAAGUAAAAUAAAAGGCAAUUUACAGCUUAAUGAAUUAAUAUGGAGCACCUUAAGGACUGAACAGAUAGCAAAAUAUUUUCAUCAAUGGGGUCCCUGAAUUGCUGUGAAAUAGAUGAUAUGGUUACCUUUUUGGUAGUUUGGUGGAUGGACAUGGUCCCAGAUUGAAAUAUUUAGUGCAUGGACAGAAAAGGGAAGGUGCUCUCUCCAAGUCCAGACACAUGUUUUCCAGCAUGGUAUCACAAUGAGACUUGAGAGACAUCUGGAGAAUGGUGCACCCUUGAACUUAAACAUGGCUGUUCUCCAACUUGUGACUGGCUUUGACAACUAGACCCCAGCAACAACAAAUCUCUCCUGUUCUCUGUGCACCAUACCCGUGUCUUAAUUUCAGGCCCGACUGAGUCUGACUGCUGUUAUACUCUGAAAAUGACAAAUAUUGCUGUUGUGUCCCCUCCAGGCGUGAUUAUGAAACCAAGCCUCCAAAACUAAGGUUGCUGAAUGAGAUUCGUGCCCAUUCGCACAAGAAUGAUCCCAGCUGGACUGCUGAGCCAGAGGCACCCAUUGAUUAUUGCUAUGUGCGCCCUAAUCACAUUCCCACUAUUAACUCAAUGUGCCAUGAGUUCUUUUGGCCAGGUAGGAUUUACUAGGUGGUCAAGGGAAAUAAUGGGGCGACUACUCAUUCCAUUCUGGUAGAUAUACUUCAGCUCUAAUGCUGCCACUGCUUCUCUUUUCCCUUCCCUAAGAGAAUUUCAGCUGCCCGCCACAAGGCAUACAUUAGUUUUGAAUCCUGAGAAGACGGAAGAAGGAUGGGUGGGACAGUUGGAAAAGAAACCUAGUGGGUAGUAAAAAGCUAUGAAGCUGCUUUUCUUGAAAAGGAAAAGAAAGGGUUUUGGGACGUUGAUUAAUGAAUUUGUGCCUAAUGUGUACUUAGCCUGGUGCCAUCCUUUAUCUGUGUUGAGGGGCUCGGCAAAAAUACUUUUAUUCUCACAGAAUUUUGGCCCUUAAUUUGGAGGCUACUUAGGUAUGUUUGUGACGUCUUUUUGGUGGAGUGGGUUGAGUUGGCUAUAUAUAUUAUGACUGAACAUUGUGGGUUCUUAUUUUAUUAUUGUUCUUAUACUUAGUUUAAAUGUUUGUUUUUGCACUGUAUGUUGCUUACAGUCACUCUUGUGGAAUAAAAAGAAAUGUAAUGGUAAUAUUAAUAAAAAGCCUGUGUGCAUGUAUCAGUGCAUUUUCUAUUGGCUGAAGUGACCUGUUCCUAAUAGAACAAGCAUCUAUUUUUCUGAUUGGUUCCCAAUGGAAUCUUAUAACCUUAUAAAACUGUUUUUAAUUCUCUCUCAUGACUGAAUAAAUGUAGCUUUUGAAAGUAUAUGUGGAAAAGUUGAAUAACCUGCAGACAUUUACUGUGAUCUUGGGGUGUAAUCCUGCACAUACUUACUUCUGGUCAAAGACCCAUUGAAUUUAGUGGGACAUACCUCCAAGUAAGCAUGCAUGCAUACAGGAUUCAACUACUGGGUCAUUUUAUUCACAUAAUUAUAAUACCUAACAGUAUAUUAUUCCUUUAACGUGGAAAUGUCCUUAACAUUUCGUUGUAGGAUUAUUUAUUACCAGUCCCGUAAUUAGAUUUUGAGUCCUUUAGGAUGUUAUGAACUAGUUUCCAUGCUAAUGUCAAAUUAUGAAAAUAGGAGAGCUCCACAUGAGCAAAGCUUUUUCUUUUUCUUUUUAAAAAAAGCCUUAAAUAGAUAUUUAUUAUAAUGUUCCUUUUCCAUCAACAAUCUGUGAUCAUUUGUGGUGUGCUUUUCUCUCCCACAGGAAUCGACCUCUCAGAAUGCUUGCAAUAUCCAGACUUCAGUGUUGUUGUCCUUUACAAAAAGGUCAUUGUUGCGUUUGGUUUUAUGGUACCAGAUGUUAAAUACAAUGAAGCAUACAUCUCUUUUCUGUUUGUUCACCCUGAAUGGAGAAGAUCAGGAAUUGCAACCUUUAUGAUCUAUCAUCUUAUUCAGGUAGUUUUAUGAUUUAUUAUCUUGAAAAGUAUGAUCUGUACCUUUUGCUUUAAAUAAAAGUGCAAACAGGGCAGGUUUACUCAAGAAGAUUUAUAUCCCCUUGAUGACCUACUCGUCGUUCAGUUGUUACAUCUAUGUUGUGCAGAUCAGUGGAGGAGCUGCAGGGGCAAUUCCCCCAGGUGCAGAAUUCUUAAGGGUGCAGCCCAUGUUAUACCAAUGGGCUGCAGUGGUCCCAAAGGAGCUGCAAAACUAUGAGGGUCUCCCUUCUCUAGCCUGGCAAUGGGUGUGGCGCGAACUUUUCCUGGGUGGUUGGGUGGCCUUGGGGAGUGGGUAGCUGGCCAGGCCUUCCUGUGCCAGGGCAGAACCCCCUCUUGCUCCCUGCCCCCUUUGGUUCCACGGGUUCGUAUCCUUAGCUUGCAGGUGUUGUGCACAACACGCUUCUUAUGCCAUGGCUGGUGCUGACGGUGUGCAUGCCGGGUCGCUGCUGUGUUGGGUGGUCCCCUCAUCUCCCUUCUGCCCUGGGGCCACCGCAGAGCCCCCAGCCCAGCCCUUGUACGGGAGCAGGCAGCCGUAGGCACGGCAGGUGCCGUUGGAGUGCCUGGUGUGAACGAAGAGGCAACCAUGCGAGCCUCGGCUGGCAGCAUGCUGGCUCCUUGGCUGGACUGGUGGAGCUUUCUGUGGGUGUGCUAUGAGCAGCUGGAGCAGCUGGUGCAGGGUGAGCUGCGGUGCCAGAGGGGCUCCAGUUGUGAGGUUGGAGUCCACGUCCAGCACCUCCCAGGAGAGCUCAGAUCUCGGAGGUUGCACAAAAAAGGGGGAGGACCCAGGAUGAUGUGCUAGCCCCCUUCCCCAUGGUGAUGCUGCCAUUCCUUUUGCACCUCGGCUCAGGCAACCCACGCUACGCUACUGGUGCGGAUUCAUUAAGGACGGGAGAACACCCUUGUAAAAUUUGUGGCUUGCAUUUGGGAUUCAGGUACAGAUGCCUAGUCAGUCCAAUAGCAGCACAACCCUAAAUUCCCAAAGGCAGUUUUGGCAAGCCCGGAGCAAACUAUCUACUUUUUUAUGUGUUGUCUUGAGUUCUGUAGCUUUCAUAUCCAGAUUGAAUGACUCAACAAGCUCCUCAUCACAAAACCUGUGAGUUCAUUGACCAAAUUUAUUAUCUGCUGGGGCUAAUUGUUUUACCCCGUUUGCAAGUAAUGAGAUACUUCCACUCUUCACCACUCUUCCAGCCCUUUUUUCUGGUACCUUUCUUAAUUUAUUCAGUGAAAUUAAGGCUAUGUCAGUGCUGCUGUAACUUUGCAUCUUCUGAAGGUUGCUACUUCUUGUAGUUUACCAGUUGUAAGUACUGAAUGACUGAGGUCCUUAUCAAGCAGAAUUGAAGGACAAUCAAUCUUGGAAGCUAGCAAUUCUGAAAAUUUUGUAUUCUGAAUUCAUUUCCCCAAGAGAAAUUGAUAUUAGAUGUAACCUGUGCUUUACUAUAUCAUCUGUUAUCCAUCUAUGAUGUAUAUUAAUGCAUGAUACUUCUGUCUGCUUUUAGUAUCUCUUCCUCCUUGAAAGUUGUCUUUGACUGCACAGUGCUCCCAUAAUUAGUUAUCUCCUCAUUUCGCUCCUCACAUGUAAUACAACUCUUUUUUCUUUUCACAGACUUGUAUGGGCAAAGAUGCAACCCUUCAUGUAUCUGCAAGUAAUUCUGCAAUGCUGCUGUACCAGAAGUUUGGAUUUAAAACUGAGGAGUACAUUUUAGAUUUCUAUGACAAAUACUACCCUUUGGACAGUAAGGAAUGCAAACAUGCGUUCUUUCUGAGGUUGCGGCGAUGA